GGAUUGACCAUGCUGAGUAGUGUUUGGGAUGAAGAUAAAAAUGAAAAUGAAGAUGAAGGUGAAGAUGAAUAUGAAGACGAGAAAAAAGAAAGAAAGAAAAAGAUGUAGAUGGAAUUGGAAAUGGCGAUGGAGGUGAAGAUGAGUAUGAAGAUGGCGAUGGAGAUGGAGAUGGAGAUGGCGAUGGAGGUGGCGAUGGAGGUGAUGAUGGAGAUGACAAUAGAGAUGGCAAUGGAGAUGGCGAUGGAAAUAGUGACAGAAAUGGAGCUCGCCAAAAUGGUCCUGGUUCGCUUGGGGCUUCUUCAUGCGCACGAAUCCGAUGAAAGCUGUCUGAAGCUUUUAUUGAUUUAUGAGAUGAGGUGUCCAUAUCUGCUGUUCCUCCUCACGAGGAACUUCCUUGUCUUCCAAGUGCUGGAUCAGUUGUCUCCUACUUCAUCAGGACUUCCAGCGCUGAACUUCCGUGCAGGCGAUGAGCUGGCGCUGCUAUCAUUGGGGUUGCUGGUUCAGAUUGGCACGUUGCGACAGCUGUGGGGUUACUGCUGCUACGGCAGCCAUAGCCAGGGGUAUAAGGUGGCUCUUUUCUCAUUCUGUUCUGUGUGUUUCCUGUAAGUCAUCGUGGUUGCUUUAUUGCCUUUGGGUGUGAGGUCAUUUGGCAGGUUGCUUGGCGAUACGGCGUCGUCAUCGUCCUUGACAUAAAAGAAUGUGUUUGUUUGAUUGGUAUCGCCGCCGUGCCUGGGGGGCCAUCUCCGAUCGGGUCAAUUAUGGAGUGCUACUUGUUCAAUUCAAUAUGAUGAGCGGCAGUGACAGUGAUUGCGCAAGGAUAACGCGAGUACUACCCACGGCCAAUAUAGACGAGUACGGAGCUUAGUUCCAAGUAAUCACUGGGGUUCAGAUCAGAACGUCAUCAACGAUCCCAGCCAGAUCUGGAGGGAAGAGGCCCUCGAGAUGAGUCGUCAAUGAUCGAUUCAUUGGUCGAUCAUAGUAAAGACGAAAGGAUAUGCGUGAAGGAGGGGACGUCUGGAAAGAAGGGAUUGGAACCUGCAACGUCGGGAUUCAGUCCAAUCCGAUUGAAUCGAAUUCAAUGGGUAAGUAAUUAUUACACUCAGAAAGAGCAAGCGACACAUGGGGAGAGAGAAAGAGAGAGAGAGAGAGAGAGAGAGAGAGAGAGAGAGAGAGAGAGAGAGAGAGAGAGAGGAACGGAGGAACUGGUAGAGUCGAGUUAUCGCUACAUUUGGUAAGUGUUGUGGUUGUUUUGGUGACGAGGCUGGAAUCGUCGACAUCUUCGUCGUCGAAUUUUUUUUAUUUUUUUUUAAUUUCCUUUUCUUCGUUGGAGGAGGGGGGUUAAGUGGUCAAUUGUUGUUGAUGAUUAUUACUACGCGGCGAACCAAGACCAAGGAAGGCUUGUUUGCUGAUUGGCCUCGUUCCCUGAACCAAAACGUUUCGUACGUUUUUUCUGUAAAUAGGGAGAACAAGUGAGGGAGUGGGUUCGGAGCUAUUUGUCCUAGUCAAUGUGUUCUGCGUCUACCUCGCGCUUGUGUGUGUGUAUGUGUGUGUGUGUGUGUGAGAGAGAGAGAGAGAGAGAGAGAGAGAGAGAGAGAGCAUACGUGAAGGUGGGUGCGAGAGAGAGAGAGAGAGAGAGAGAGAGAGAGUGGGUGAACUUGGGAGGGCUUGCAGAGACGGAGCGGAGAUGGAUAGGUGCUGUAGUGUAGGGUUGUGGUCUCUGAGUCGUAAAGCUGGGCGGAUAUGGAUUUAAUGAUGGAUUUCGAAUAACUUUUGACUAGAAGCUCUGCUUUUUUUUUUUUUUUUUUUCCCUUUUGAACAUUACCUGGCCGUGCUACGGGGUAAGCUCUGCCUUUUCUUGUUAUUUGGAAAAAACAAAUUAUUGUUUUCGCA